GCCUAUUAACACUAGACACACCCACUUUAAAUUUAACCCUUUAGCCACCUUCACAUUACAAUGGAUGAGAUUUUAUCGACAAGUGGAUCUAGCAGGCCAUAUUACAGUUCCCCGAGGAUAGAUUUUAACCCGAUGGAAGAUCCACCUGCAAACAUAACACCUUUAGCCUCAUCCAUUAAAACAUCCAGCCCUAGGAUCAGCGUGUCGAGCGAGAGGGUUGGUCAGAACGAAGUACCUUAUUAUACGUCUGCUAAUGAUUUAUUAGGACCAUCCAUAGUGUCGUCACAGUUGGGCCGCCAGCCAUUAAAGAUUGAUAGUACCCACAUUAGCAACGGCCCUUCGCUCUCUGUCCCCUCCUCUUCCUCCUCCUCCUCCUCCUCCUCUCGUAAAGGAAGGAGUGGUCACUCAACUAAUGAGGCACAGGAAUGGAGUGUGAAACAGAAACUGUUACAAGAGGAGCUACUGGGGGUGCAAGAAGAAUGCAGGCGACUGAGAGCUGAAGUAGCUCAGAAAACAAACAAAUCAGCCACAAGGGGAAUGGGCGGAGCAAUGGGUGGAGACGAACCUGAAAGAUCUCUCUCUUCUCUCAGUUGGCGUGGCAACGCUCUACUCCCCACCAAGUCUUCCUAUCACACGUCAGGGUCUCUCGCCUCCGGCAGCAAAAGCUCCACCCAUUUUUCCAAAUCCCAACGACAUUACGACACAACUGGUCUGAGCAGUUUAAACCGGUCCCUAUCAACCAGUAAUACCAGUCUGUCCAGUGUCAAGUCUGCCCGUGAGCCGAUCUCAAGUUAUUCUAUGACUAAUAGAACAGGCGCUACUUUUAAUUCGGCUUAUUCCAGCGUACUGGACACUAAUGGAGGGAGUAGUCCAGCUGUUGAAUUGGAGAGGGCGAGGAUUAAGAUAAGGAAAUUAGAGAAAGAAGUCCAUGUCAUAGAAGGCCAGUUGGCUACUAAGACCAAACAGGCGGAGGCUCACGUCGAAGAAUUGACUCAUUUAAAAUCAAAACUGGCACAGGAAAAGUCCUCAAGCACUCUACACUUGCAUCAGGUCCAGGAGAAGGCGGCUAGUGACAUGGGCCGUAUGAAGGCGGUUCACACGCAGCAGAUUAACGAGUUGGAGAGUAUGGUGAACGGGAUGAAGAAUGAGCUGAAGAAGAAGGAAGACAUUAUUAAGAAGUUGAAAACCGAAGUUAAAGGAAGUCAAACUGAAGUGAAAGUUUUAACUGAAAACGUAACAAAAUUAUUAUCGCAACUGGAGCAGGAGAAAGGAAGUCACAGGUUAGCAAUGGAGAGACUCCAGGUGGAGGUGGAGGAGGGGCAAGGAAAGGUCGUCAAUUUAAAGAAAGAAUUAAAAUCGUGUCAGAAACAACUUGACUCUUGUUUGAAACAAGUCGAGAAUGACAGUGAUAGCAAGGACAAACAGAUAGAGCAAUUACACUAUCAGGUUGAAGUGUCCAGUAAGCAGUUGGUUCAAUGCAAAGAUGACAUGCUAGCUAAUAACAAACUAAUACGACAGCUCCAGGAAGAAAUAGAACUAUACCAGGAGCAGCUUCAAAUGCACAACUCUGACGAGAAAAGAGAGAGCAUGAAACAUCGAGAUCAACUUGAAGAAAAUGAAACAGCAAAACGGAAACUUGUCGAGAAACUCGAACGAGCCAACGAAGAGAUAUCGUCGCUCAUGGACCGACUGAAUUCGCUUCAACACUCGUCACUCCUUGCCAGUCAGCUUGAGGGAGAAGUGAGUGUUCUUCGUCAGUCUUUGGCAGAGCAGCAGAAGUUGAGACAGGAGCAUCAGCGAGGGAGAGAGGCAAUGGAGAGAGAGAGUGAGAGGUGGAAGGGCGAGAGGAGCGAGAUGAAGAAGAGACUGCAGCAGUGUAACCAGCAGUUGUCUGAGAUGCAGCAGAGAUCAGAGGAAUGGAGGGCAGAGAGGGAGAGACUUCAUUCGAAAAUAAAAGAGGUUCAGUUAAGUUUUGAUGAGAAGGUGAGAGAGGUUGAGGGAUUACGAGAGACUCUGAGGACAGUUGAGAAAUCAAGUGACACUGAUAGACUCUCCAUGGAAGCAUCCAUCAAUGAGAUGCAACAAGAACUUAAUAAAAGAUCACAGCAAGUAAUGGAUCUUGAUGCUUUAUUGCGGAGGCAUCAAGCAGAGACUGCUACAAAGACUCUUCAGCUGGAGCGUAAUUUAGCUCAGAGACAAGCCGACCUCAGGCAGCAGACCCAAGAAAUGGAAGACCUCUCACAGAAAUAUGUCAAAGCAUGCAAAACAAUACAGGAGUUAGAAGAAGAUCUGAGAAGACCUCGUCAUAAAGACACAGGUAUCACAACUAGACUGCAUCAGUUAGAGCAGCAAAGAGAGUCCCUUGAGAUUGAGUUGGAAAACACUAAACAAAGAGAAAACAUCUCCAAAGAGCAAACCAAACAGGUCCUCCAGCAAAACCACCAACUCCAAGAGGAGCUCUUGCAGACCAAGCGGCAGCUUGAAAGGUCUGGAGGAGCUCGAGAUGGUGAGAUUAAAACCCGUGACGAACUUAUAAGUAAACUAGAGACCCAGAUAAAAGAACUGGAGCUGAGAGAAGGUACUGGACAAGAAGAAGUUGCUAGGUGUAGAGCUCAAGUUGCUUCUUUGUCAGCUGAGUUAUCAGUUGAGAGACAAAUGCUAGAGGAAACAAGAGAACAACUUGCAAUCUCUAGAGUUGGAUCAUCAGUAGCUCAGAGCAUGUCAUCUUUACCUUCUUCAACCACCACCCUACCAAUAGCUUCUUCCAUACAUUAUAAUUCACUCAGCAACAAGUCAACCUUUACUACCGGAUCUCAAGGAUCAGCUACUCCUAGUGUAGCUUCAAGCACUACCUCAAAAGCUAGCAUCCCUUCAACACACUCUUCAUCUUAUUCUGCUAUAUCUUCAACACUGCCCAUACACUCUGUAACCUCAUCCACAAAAAAGACAAGCAUACUACCCACCACCUCAUCCUUGACUUCUUCUCUACCUUACAGCCAUCAGCAACCGGUUUCCAUUCCUAUUCUCUCAUUUGGUGGUCCUGGUACCAGAUCUGGGGGUUUGGAGUAUGGGCUCAGUGAAGGUGGAAGGGAGUCAAGUUAUGGAAGCAUUGUCAGUGAUGUGGAGUAUCUGGAACUACCUUCAAAGCAAGCAAAACAACCAUUACCUCCUCCUAAUAAACAUUCAGGGAACAUUAAACACAUAUAAACUAUAAUAACAAUAAUAAUAUAUGCACCUACCUACCUAAGACACCACACUAUUAUAUAAUGUGAUAUUAUUAUUGUUGUUUAUUAUUGUAAUAUUUAUUUUAA